AUGUCCAAUCCGCCGCCUCCAGGUUCCAAGUCCAACUCUUCCACCCCUCAACCUCACCCGUCGCUCCCUGCGCGUCCGCCGCCACCCGCGCAGCCCGCAACUUUCUCCAAGUUCUCCAACCCCUCUGCCGCAAAUGGCAAGUCCCAAGGCGCGGCGGGCUAUGGUGCCUUUACAGGCUUCAAGCCCCGCAGCGUGACCGCCAACACCCAGGCGUGGCAGUCGCAGCCGCCUACCGUCUCCGCUGGGCCACAGCCCCCGAGUGCUUACCCGGCAGCCCAACCCGGCUACGCCGGUGGUGGGUAUCAGCAGCCUGCCUACCAGCAGCAACCUUCCUACUAUCAACAGCCUAGUGCCGACCCGUACGCGAACUCGAACCCGACGCCGCCUCAGAUCCGCAAUCCUUUCCCAGCCCCUGGCCAGAGCCAGAGCGGUGGCUACGGAGCUGGAAACGCCGCGUACGAUCCAGAAUAUGAGGCCCAGAUCGCGCAGUGGCAGAGUGCGUACGCAAACAGGGACGAUGCCGUCGCGAAGGGUGCCAAGGGGCGUGAGAUGCCCACCAACGCGAACAAUACGCCCCUGGGCGAAAAGGCGGGAGGGCAAGCGGCGCUUAGCAGUAAAGAGCUCCAGUCGGCGGUCAGCUCGGACACGGGCGUCGCCGCCGUCGUCUCGGGCCCUGAUGGGAAGCAGAAGACCGUCGUGCGCCAGGGCGGAGGUCAGACGUGGAGUGAUAACACACUGCUGGAAUGGGACCCGGCUCACUUUCGCCUGUUUGUUGGUAAUUUGGCCGGCGAAGUUACCGAUGAAUCCCUCUACAAAGCCUUCUCUCGCUUCACUUCUAUCCAGAAGGCGCGCGUUGUAAGAGACAAGCGAACCACGAAGAGCAAGGGAUACGGGUUUGUGAGCUUCAGUAACGGAGAUGACUACUUCCAAGCCGCCAAGGAGAUGCAGGGCAAGUAUAUCGGUAGCCACCCUGUCCUCGUCAAGCGCAGCACUACCGAGAUCAAGGCCGUUGUGCCCAAGGAUAACAAAAAGAACAACAGAGGUGGGAAGCACGGAGGCCACGGCCACGGUGGACACGCGAGCACCGGAGCCGGUGUUCAGAAGAAGCAGAGCAAGACGAAGGGGGGCCUCAGGAUCCUGGGCUAA